AUGGCCCAGGGAAGUUCUUCUCACUGUCUGGCCUCCAUCCCACAGGUGGUCUCAGAGACCGAGACCCCGGAUCCCUGGAUCAGCCGGGGCAACAUGACCUUGGCCCUGCCCCUGUGGGAGGAGAAGCCCUUUUGCCCCUCUGGAGUCUGCUUCUCCAGCUCCCUUCCUGGCCCAGCCCAGGACCCUGGGGCGUGGAAGCGUCGCGGUCCGACUCGGCCGCUGCGCGGUACUCUGAGCAAAAGCUACCGCCAGACCUGCCGGGAGGAGCACAAGAAGAAACACCCCGACUCCUCGAUCAACUUCGCCGAGUUCUCCAAGAAAUGUUCCGAGAGAUGGAAGACCAUGUCUGCCAAGGAAAAAUCCAAGUUUGAAGAUAUGGCAAAAAGCAACAAAGCUCGCUAUGACGGGGAGAUGAAGAAGAAUUAUGUUCCUCCCAAAGGUGACAAGAAGGGAAAGAAAAAAGAUCCCAAUGCGCCUAAAAGGCCUCCAUCUGCCUUCUUCCUGUUUUGCUCCGAACAUCGCCCAAAGAUCAAGAGCGAACACCCUGGCUUAUCCAUUGGCGAUACUGCCAAAAAAUUGGGUGAAAUGUGGUCUGAGCAGUCAGCCAAAGACAAACAACCCUAUGAACAGAAAGCAGAGAAGCUAAAGGAGAAAUAUGAAAAGGAUAUUGCCGCAUACCGUGCCGAGGGCAAGAGUGAAGCGGGAAAGAAGGGCCCUGGCAGGCCAACAGGCUCCAAGAAGAAUGAACCAGAAGAUAAGGAGGAAGAGGAAGAUGAAGAUGAGGAGGAAGAGGAUGAAGAUGAAGAAUAA